CUCCCCUAAGCCCCCGAGUGGCUAUAUAAAAGCCGGGAGUGUGCCCUCCGCCGCAGAAUACCAACACCUGUGGAUUGCAUGUGAGCCACUGGAGGCACUUCCUGGGACAUCCAAUAUGACUGUCCUGUCUUGCAGAGGAGCGACGCUGCUGACGCUGCUGGCGGCGGCGGCGCUGGUGUCGGCGCAGAUCACGUUCAGCCGCGACUGGACCGGCGGCAAGCGGUCCGCGCCGCAGCUGGCACUCGACUGCGAGCAGUUCAGCACCGUGUGCCGGCACUUCAUUCACGAACUGAAGCAAGCCAUGUCAACCCAGAUCGACAGGAAACCACACAGGAGAACCAUCGAAGAUACCCCAAUCCUGUACGACGAAGAUAACUAGUCCCAAACAACGCCAGACUAACAAACCAAGCAUUGAGCUUCAACUCCCAUUUACUCACGCAAGAGCGAGCGAGGCAUAAGUAUACUGCUGCUGUCUCACUUCUUUAUUCUGAUUAGUUCAACUCAAACUUAAGCUCGCUGAACUUUUACAAAUACUUUAAAAAAAUAAUUAAGUAACUAAUAUGUUUGAAAUAAAAAAAAGUACCACUUGAUGAACUUUGAGUAGAACUAAUCGGAAUAAUUGGUCUCGCUGAGUAAAUAGUUGUUGGAGUUCAAUGAAAAAGAUCAUUGCGCGUAAUGAUAUAAGAAAUAGGCCGUCUUUUUCUAAUAGGUAUUAUAAGAAGUUAUGUGUAUCCUGUUCGGGAUAGUAGGUAGUAAGUAGUAUGUAAAACUAUAGUUGACUGUGAAUAGUUUGGUUAAAUGCGCGACAAUGUUGUUCGGUACUAGCAUCAAUUGACAACGAUAUUAAUGUAACUUAAUUAAUAAUAUGGUUAAAUAAAGCAGUAAAAAACAAUGUAAGUA